GCGUCGCUGCGUGUGAGAAGCCGCCGCUUGCAUGAGGCUGCAGUAUCAAGGGCGUCUCCCCAUCCCUCAUGCUCCCUCUCUUCCGCGGUCGGCGAGAUAUGUUUCAAUUUUCUCAGCGGUUCGUCGCCAAGAUCGUCGUUGUGCGCGCGACGGCUAUCAUGUCAGCCUCUCUACCCCUGAAUUGGCCGCCCUGCUUCACCCACUUCGCCGGCUAUGUGCGGGAUAUAACACUCGGAUCCUCCGAGCGAGCAGCCCGUUGACGGCGGGAGCCGAACAGCAUGUCUGACUUCCACCUCGUCGAGCCCCAGGGCUGGGAUUGCGACCUUCAUUCGAUAUACUGCGCCUAUGUGGGGCACUUCCAGGAGCAUGGCACCCCUUGGUACGAACGGUCCUGGGGGGUGUUCUUUGAGACAUUCGAAGACUUCCUCACCUUCGAGUGGCCGGUCAUCACUGUGACAGACAUGAAGACCGGCCGCCCGCAUAUUGUGACGCGGAUGUCGUCUGUGGACGGGUUUCUCAAGAUGAUCAAGACGAGGCACGGCGAGACGCUUCCCAAGGUCCACAACAUACACUUCGUGACGCCGUUCGAGACGAACCAGCGGCACCUACGCAAGAUCUCAGAUGCUGCAACUUACAAGAAGGUCCAUGCAACAUUGCCCGCCGCCCGGCUUGCAGCGCAGAAAGUCCGCGCGAGAAGCGGAGAACCGAAGACGAUCCGGCAGCUCUGGGAUACCAAGGACCAGACUUUCCUCGCCAUGGACUUUGAAUGGUCGGAACGUAACUCGUCCACAGUCUUGGAGUGGGGAUAUGCGGCAAUGCGCUGCAGUGCACUUCAUGCGGCGAAUAUAUGGCCACCUCAACCGGAGAAUAACUACAGACGGGGUCACUACGUCGUCGGAGAACAUGUAGACCGCAUUAUCAACAGACACCAACCUACGUUUCCUUGGGCUUAUGCGUUCGGCGACAGUCAAGUCAUUCCGAAGGCUCAGUUACCUCGAGUGAUCCAAGCCAUCAUCAGCAGCCUAGCAAGCCCAGAUUCAGAGACGACUCCCAACAGCCUCGUGCUUGUCGGCCAUGGCCUACAUGAAGAUCUCCGUCGCUUGCAGGAGAUGGAAAUAAAGAUCCCACACAACGUCCUUAUGCUUGACACCGCCUCCUACGAGAGGCAGCUGUUCGCCUCCGGCCAGCGCAAUGCUAUGACAGACCCCUCCGGCAAGCCUCGCGCGCCGCACUCCACUCUCUCCCUCACGAACCUGAUCCGGUCUCUCGGCGUCGACAUCCCGUGGUCGAUGCACAACGCAGGGAACGACGCCAUGGUGUGCCUGCUCGCUCUCCAGCUCCUUCUCGAACCCGAAGGCACCAAGAUGCCGAAGUACCGCCCGGUCAUGAAUAUGCCGAUGUCAGGCCUGCAAGUGGGGAUCCCUCGCGCGGGCAGCAAGAGCCCUGGCGUGCCCUCGAUCUCUCUCACGCCUUCGCCCGGAGGGUCAGCGACAGGGAUGAGGAGUGCGAGCGGGUCGGGGGGCCUGUCGGCGCGGCCGCGGGAGCUGAGCGGGUCCUUCGACAGGGCACCAUCUCCGGUUCGUCGACUGCCUGGUAAUUCGUUCAAUGCGAGGCGGAGGAGCACCAUGCCAGAUCUAGAGCCGAUAACAGCGUUGACGACUGGAGUGGCCCGGAUUGGCUUCCCCUGAGCUUUGAGCCCUAGAAGAGCUGCAUUCAGCUACUGCUUGGAUUCCGAAUACCUCCAUAUUCCUUAGACAUCACAUUCAUAGAGUCGCCGCUAUCCAUGCAAUGCUUCGUAUCGUGUCAUAAAUACUUGUCCAAAUCUACCCUAAACAACAGUAUAGUUCUCGAUCUGCACCGUCGCGUCCUCGGAGUACACGACGUCCUCGCCAGAGUCAACCUUCGAUAUGGACGCGAGGUGCACGCCCGCAAUGCUACCCUCGCCGAUGAAGGACACCUUCACGGGGA